GUUUACGAUUAUCCAGGACACAAUCGUCCAUUCCUUUGGUCGGAGUAGGGGCGCAGAAGUCGAAUAGAACUCGAGGGGUGGCUUCUUUCAAGUUGAAGCCUCAUUUCGAUGACGAGUUCGAGUGCUCCAUCUCGGCUCAUAUCUUGCCUAAACUUACGACUUCGCUACCUUCUGUUCGAUCGGACAGCUCGUCGUGGAUCCAUUUGAAAGGGCUAUUAUACGCCGAUCCUGAUUUCUCGGCUCCAGGAUCCAUCGACAUAAUAUUGGGAGCAGACGUGUACGGGAUUAUAAUCAAAGACGGAAUUAAGAAAGGGGAUGCGAAUUCUCCACUCGCACAACGAACCAAAUUAGGUUGGAUCGUUUCUGGUCCGUCAAAACCAACUUCGUCUUCUCAACCUUUUCGUAGUUUCCAUAUCUCAACGGACAGAGCGCUUCACGAUUUAAUCCAUAAAUUUUGGGAGACUGAGGAGAUCCCAUCUGCCAAUAAUUCGUCGCUUGCCGCAGACGAGCAGGAAUGCGAACUGCACUUUCAAUCCACUCACAGUCGUACGCCGGAAGGCCGUUAUCAGGUACGGCUACCGUUCAGAAAAUCGGCCAACGAUUUAGGAGAUUCGCGAGCAAAGGCUUUUCGGAUGAUGACGAAUCUUUCAAAACGGUUAGGCUCUGAUCCAACGUAUGCAAGGGCUUACCGCGAUUUCAUGGAGGAGUAUGAGAGGAAGCACCAUAUGACACUCGUCCCGGACUCGGUGCCUGAGCCGCAUCCAUGUUAUUAUUUGCCGCAUCAUGGUGUCUUACGCGAUAAUAAUCUCAAUAAGAUUCGAGUGGUUUUUAAUGGCUCGAGUCGUACAACCGCUGGUUGUUCUUUAAAUGAGCAAUUGCAUACGGGAGCGAAACUGCAGACGGAUCUGUUCGAUGUUCUCCUUUGGUUUCGCCAAUUCCGGGUCGUUUUUUCGUCGGACAUCGAGAAGAUGUUCCGACAGAUAGCUGUACAUCCCGACGACUGGGAUUUUCAACGCAUACUUUGGACCGAUCAGUCGAAUUACAUUCGACCUUUUCAAUUAACGACCGUUACAUAUGGAUUAGUUUGUGCGCCGUUCUUGGCUCUCCGUUCACUGACACAGCUCGUCCUGGACGAAGGCGAUAAGUAUCCUCGUGCCGUUCCGGUUCUUGAAAGGGGACGUUACGUAGAUGAUCUCUUUGGAGGAGCUGAUUCGAUACAAGAGGCUCAAGAGAUUGUACAACAGGUAACCCGUCUCUGCAUGGCGGGCGGUUUCCCUUUGCAUAAAUGGAUUACCAAUCAACCGGAGGUACUUUCUACCAUUCCUGCUGAGAAACGAGUAAGCUCAUCUGCGAUGAGCUUCGAAGAGUACCAAGCCGUGCACACUCUUGGCCUUAACUGGCAUCCGGCGACGGAUACGUUUAACUUUACGUUGAGUCUAGCUCCCUCCAAGUCUUGA